CAUCGCUUUCCCGUCGCCGUUUCUCUUCUUUCUCUUCUCCCUCCCUCUCUUUCUCUUUUCAUCUUCUGCUAUUGCUUAGUACUUGGUGCGGCGAGGGGAAGGGGCCACCGAGUGCGGCCAUGAGAUAGGCCUGCCUGCCUGCCUGCCUGCCUGCCUGCCUGCCCACGUCGUCCGAGAGACACACGAGCCGCAGCAUCGACUAGCGAACCAGCCAUGGCGCCGGCGUCGCUGACGCUGACGCUCUUUGAGCCCGUCGUCUACCUCCGGGGCCAGUCGGCUGUCGGCGAGGAUGCGCGGGGGCGUCGGCGGCCCAUCAACUUUGACGCGCCGCCGUCGCAGCUGCGCGGCCUCGUCACGCUCACGCUGCCCAAGCCGAGCCGGAUCAAGGAGGUGAGCAUCAGCCUCGUCGGCAAGGCCCGCACCGACUGGCCCGAGGGCAUCGGCCCGGCCAGGCUCGACACGAGCGAGGAGACGACAAUCAUCAAGCAGCACGUCACCCUCUUUUCGGCAUCGAAUCGCCACGAUGGCGUCGGCGGUGGUGCCAACGGUGCUGCUGCUGCUGGUGGCGGUGGAGGAGGAGGCACGCACGAGCCGCCGAGAAGAAGGGCAGGGAGCAUCGGUCCGGGCGUCGUGGGCCUCGAUGACGACGGUGUCGACUGGGCCGCCUUGCAGGGCACUUCCUCCUCGUCUGCAGCCCCUCCCUCUUCCUCUUCUUCUUCCUCGACUCCCUCUGCAGCAGCUGCUUCUGCAUCUACUGCUGCGACGACAGCACCAGCGACCGGCGACCGCCGCGUGGCCAACGGCGAGGAGAUGUCCCCGCAUAGAAAGAGCCCCGCGCUGGCGAGGCAGAUUGGCAGCGUGGCAGCACGGGCAGGCAGCGCCAUGCUGCCGCCCACGCUCGUCCGGGAGAUCAACACGAGCAAGAACAACGGCAUGUCGAGGUCCCAGUCGCCCCCAAUCCGGCCCGGGUUCCAGCGCAGCUCCAGCUCGGGUCGAUCGUCGUCGAGCAAUUCGAGGCCGACGAGCGCCGAGAGAAGUGGCGGCGGUGGUGGCGGCGGGCAUGCCUUUGGCUUCGGCAGCGCGGGCACGAGGAGUGGGCCUUCUACGCCUGCGGCUCUGCCAUCCUCGAGGAUGCCGUACUUUUACGAGGACCCGCCGCCGCGCUACCAGCAGGCGGAGAGGGCUCUCGAUGCACCUGCCUCCCUGCUCUCGGCCUCGGCACCCUCAGCGUCCUCUGCCCCAGAGUCCGUCUCCGAAUGGACUGCCUCGACGUCGUCAUCAUCGACUUCCUUGUCUUCGCCGCUGGUGUCGACGCCGUCUAGAGAGCAAAAUGCCUCCCGCGCUGGACAGAGUGAAGGGCAGAUCGCAGCUGCAGCCCCGAGCUCCAUCGGUAGCAAUCGGACACAGCACCCACAGAGCGUCAGUGCCGCUGGUCCACGGGGGAGAAGCAUCCUUCAUGCGUCUGGCAGGCAGGAGAAUCGCUCAAAGUCAAAGGUGGCCGAGGGGCCGGGUGUGCGAUUCGACCCGAAGGACGUGGCUGCGGCCUUGUGCGGCAACAAUGGCGUGAAUGGCAGUAAUGCCACAUCGCAGCAGUCGUUGCCGGCGUCGGCGGGUUCUCCCUCACCGAACUCUACCGCGCCGCAGUCGGCUCCCAGCAGCACGAGAACGUCGAUGGAGCUCCUGCGCUCGGCGGCCGCUCCCUUGACGAGCUCGUCGCCCACUCGCGCUGAUAAGGGAAAAGGAAAGGCCAAAGCAAACGGCGCCCCUACAGGCUCUUCUGCGCUCUCGCCUUCCUCGUCGUCGCCUUCAUCAUCGUCGCCCUCGCAGUCGUCUUCGAAGCCUAAGAAGGGUGGAUUCAAGGGCCUUCUCGGUGCCUUGCUUCGAGAGGAGGGUGACAAGGAUCGCGAAUCCCACCAUGGAGCAGGGGCUGGCGACGGAGCAGCAGAAGGCCAGUGGUCGACCGGUGAAAAUGACAAUGCCGAGUGGAAGGAGUUCAAAAAGGGCACCUACACCUACCCAAUCUCGAUUCCUCUGCCCUCGAACCUGCCGCCGACGCUUCACGCCGACUUUGGCUCCAACACCUACAUGCUCAAGGCCCACGUGCACCGCGCGGGCGCUCUCACGACGAACCUUAUGACGGAGCGAGAGGUGACGCUCAUCUAUGCACCCGACGAGGACUCGCCAGAGGAGACAGAGGCAAUCGUCGUCGAGCGCAGCUGGGAGGAGGCGCUGGGCUACAUUGUCAUUGUGGGAGGCAAGAGCUUCCCCGUCGCAUCCAAGAUGACCGUCUGGCUCAAGUUUGUGCCAACAGAGAAGGUUCGCAUACACCGCAUCAUGGCCACCCUCGAAGAGCGGACGGCGUACUUUGCGCGCGGAAGGAGGGUGGCUAGACACGAAGUGCCCCGGAGGUGGAACAUGCUCAAGCUCGUCUCGCCCCAGGCCAACCAGCCCUUGCUGCCCAUUGACUCUGCAGACCCAGACGCGCUCAUCUCGAGCCCGCUGUCGAGCUACGCCCAGCAUGCCGCCGACCUGUACACGCGAGCGGCCGAUGUGGACGGAAGCAACCUCAUUGCCUCGCUCGCAGACCCAAUCGGGCCCUGGGAACUGGCCGCGGAUCUCGAGAUCCCGUCGUGCAGCGACACGCGCAUCAACAUCUCGACGAACCACGCCAAAUCAAACAUUGCCGUUCACCACCUCAUCAAGCUGGCCAUCAGGGUCGAGAAGGGCGGCGUGUCCGCAGAGUCCAACUCCAACAGCGCGGCCGGAACCCGGAAGCUGUACGACAUUCUCAUCGAGGCGCCCGUCACGAUCACGCACAGCCACACCUCCCAUGCCUGGCUCAACCUGCCCGACUACUGGAGCGUGCGCGAUGGAGACGAGCCGGCAUCGCACGACAACGAAGACAGCACGCUGCGCCCACGGUCUUCGCACAGCUCCGCGGGCUCUGGCAGCGGCGGCGGCGGCGCUUCUCAGGCUGUCAAACGCGCAACGGCGCCCUCCUUGACACCAGCACGGCUGCAGUCGAGCUUGGCCACUUCUCCUCCGGGCGCUUUCUCCUCGCCCGCUGCGUCGGCUUCCCUGCCUGGCUCGUCUGUCCCUGUUUCUUCCUCUUCCUCCUCUUCCUCCUCUUCGGGGCCGCUACCGCUCCCACCGGGUGUCGGCCUUCGGCACCUCCAGGGUUCUCGACCCGCCUCGGCCGCCGCGGCGCGCGAGCUCUCCAGAAGGUGGCUCGCCCUCUCCGCCGGCGCCUUUGUCGGGCCCCCCGGCUCUGCGGGCCCAUCGAUGUCGUCAUACCUGAACGCGAACGCGCAGGUCGACCCCACGGGCUCCUCCUCGUCUGCAUCGUCGUCGUCGUCUGCUUCUGCUGCUGCUGCUGCUGCUGCGAGAGCCUCGGCCACAGCCUCGUCGGGCGCCGUCGUGACCGUCGAGGAGCCGCCGACGUACUGGCAGAUUGACGGCGCGAGGGGCAGCACGGACCUCGACGACGAUGCCAGGGAGGCCGUCCUGGCAAAGUGACCUCUUGUCUCUUUCGCUCUGUCCUUUAUUUCUCUUUCAGCCCUCAUCAUCUUUAAUAACAAUGACUUCUGCACAAGCUUGGACCUGCUUCUUUGCUGUG